ACUCAGAUAAAAGCACUAAUUGGUGGCGCGCGGAAAAAAAGCGGAAUCUGCUCAACUUUGCGCGUUUUUUUCUCUCUUUGUCCUGAGAGCUGUGAUCGGCGCAGUCCACGCAGCCACGGAGCGUGAAAUCUCUCAGAUUGGAUGCUUUUAUUGUUGAACAUUGUGGAGAUGCUGGAGCUGAUGGAUGCGCGCAGAGCAGGUGUCCCUGAAGGCGUCAUGGAUCCAACUGGAGACCAGGAGCCGUUCCCACUAAGAACUGGAAGCUCUUUCUGUGGUGAGUGAAGACCAGCCCAUAUUCGAGCCGGCCUUCCCAGCAGCGCCCACCAUGCACAUGAAGACUGAGAUGACGUCUCCUGGAGGUUUCAGCCAGGCCUCCAAGCCGAGUCCCGAGCACACCGAGUCGGACUGGGGGGGGUCAGCGGCACAAAAUCCUGGAAAGAGAGCCGACCAAGUCAACGGAAGCAGCCGGGGGUCUCCAGUGGACUGCAGCGUCUCCAAACGUUCCCGACACGUGAGCAACGACGGGGCCCCCCUGCCCUACCAGGCCUCCUACCCGGAGCCCCGGGUCAGCCCCCAGACCGCCACCCCACCCAGCACCAACCCCAGCGAGGAGAAGAGGGUCAUCGUCCCAGCAGAUCCGGAGGUCUGGACCCAGGACCACGUGAGGCAGUGGUUGGACUGGGCCAUUAAGGAGUACGUCCUGGAAGAGGUGGACGUCUCUCUCUUCCAGGCGCUGGACGGAAAGGCCCUGUGCAAGAUGAGCAAAGACGACAUGAUGCGGCUGACGUCGGCCUACAACGCAGACAUCCUUCUGUCUCACCUGAAUUACCUCCGCCAGAGUAGCCCCACCUUCUCCUACUCCACGACGCCCACCAACAACACCCCUCCCCCUCAACCCCCACAGCCACGACUACAAGUUAAAGCAGAAAACAGUUUUGACGAGAUCAGCCGCAGGAACAGCUGGCCGACCAACACCAUGACGGCUGCGGUGCCUAAAGGUUCUCCAAUCGAGCACCAACACAACAGCAGGGUGACGGAUCCAACGCCGCGGAUCAUUCAAGACCCGUAUCAGACGUUGGGGCCCAUCAGCAGCCGAUUGGCCAAUCCAGAAGGCCAAGUCCUCGGCUCAACCAAGAACCGAACAGGCAAACAAAAUCCGUACAAGCUGCCUGACCCCAGCGCUCACAGGCCUGUGGGUUCCGGUCAGAUCCAGCUGUGGCAGUUCCUGCUGGAGCUCCUGUCCGACAGCAACAACGCCGGCAUCAUCACCUGGGAGGGAACCAACGGGGAGUUCAAGAUGACCGACCCGGACGAGGUAGCCAAGCGGUGGGGCGAGCGCAAGAGCAAGCCCAACAUGAACUACGACAAGUUGAGCCGCGCCCUGCGCUACUACUACGACAAGAACAUCAUGACCAAGGUGCACGGCAAGCGCUACGCCUACAAGUUCGACUUCCAGGGCAUCUCGCAGGCGCACCAGAACCACGGGGCGGAGAGCGGGAUCGUCAAGUACCAGAGCGAGAUGUCCUACGUCCAACCGUACCACAGCCACCAGCCCAAAAUGAACUUCAUGGGCGGCCAUCCUGGCCCCGUGCCCGUCUCACCCGGGAACUUUUUCGGCCCCCCGUCCCCUUACUGGAACUCAGCCAACAGCCCCAUCUACCCCGGGUCGGCCAUGACCCGACAUCCGGCCGCUCACUCCCACCUGAGCUCGUAUUACUGAUGACGGACAGAGGAACCGAAGCGCCGAGCCCGUCUGACCGCGGCGGUGCGGUCCACCGUACGGCGGUACGGUCCACCGUACGGCGUUCCCACGGCUUCACAGAGCCGGUUCCUGCUCAGAACCCGACCAGCAGGGGGGGGGGACUCUGACUGUGAGCCGUAAGAGGAACGCCGCCUGCGUUCAGUUAGCGUUUCAUUCAGUUUGUAAGUAGUUUUGUUUGAUAGCACCUGUUAUAAACCGUUUAAUGCUUGUUCGUAUCACUUCACCAUAAAACAAGUUAUCGCAUUUAAAGAUGACUCUUUGUAAAACAAUCUGUACAGAAUCGUUUUCAUCAAGCAAUAAAACAUGUAUGCAUUAUCUGUAGCUAA